GAUUAGAAAGUAAUAAUGAUGAUAAUAAUAUUUUUAAUUUUUUAAAAAAUAAUGAUAUAAAUGAUGAUAAUAAAUCAGAUAAUGAAAAUAAUAAAAAUAAUAAAAUAGAAGAUAAUAAUAUAGAUAAUCUACUUCAAACAACUAUUAAUACUAUUAAUCAAUAG